AUACGCGGUGCCGCUCUCGGUUCUCGGCACACUCAGCACUUCAGUUCAGUCGCAUCGAGCUACUCGUGGAAAGCGUGUCGCGUAGUGCAUGCAUGCAUGCUUGCGUGCGGUUAAACGUGCGUACAUGUGUGUGCUUAUUAUUGUGGUGUACCCGGAGUGGUCGCGUGUGUAUGUGUGCGGGCCGUAACACGUUGUUGCGCGAUCUCGACAGUGGAUGUCGUGAUUACUAUAGCCAUCGUCUCGUCUGUCCGUCCAUCGCGCGAUCACACCAAAUGCACGUCUCGCGCGUCUCGAGAUCUCGCAGUAACACCCGUGAUUGUUGCCGUGCCGUUUGAUAGCGCGCGGCCGAUUCGAAGAACCAAGAGGAAAGGGGAAGCGACCGCGUCUCGUUCCGCGGUUGAUGACUCUUCGAACGAUCACAUCGUACCAAAUACGCGACGACGACGACGACGACGACCACGAACGAGGAGAAGGAGAAAUUGAAUUGUCUCGUUGCUCGUGCUUCGUCUUCUUUCCUCUCUUCUUUUCACGCUCUUAAGCACGAUUUACGGAACUUACCACCAGCCCCUGUACGCCACUGUGUUUCCGCUCAGUUUCUCUUUCUUUCGCUUUCUUCCCUCUUUUUCACCGAUUUGUUCUGCCGAUUUGACUAUUUUGCCAAAAUGAAAAUAAUUCAGAGGCAUCGUCGUGCAAUUCUGGCACCUGUGUCGAUCGUGAUAUUAUUAUGCGGUUGCACCGAUCUCGUGUCAUCUCGAUCACGGUAUUUAGGUGAAAUGUCAAAAAACGAUACUGAUUUCGCGUCUACCGAUUGUGAGCGUGUAAAGCCCUUCUUCGAGAGCAAGAAUAUCACACUCGUAAUUACGAAGGAACCUGCAACGGAAAAUAGUGCGAAAACAACUUGUGAUGGCAUGUGCUGCAACCGGGAGACUGAGGAACUGUUAAGACACCAAGCCAGGGCAGAUUUUCAUGACUUGAUCCAUCACCACAGCAGAAGUUUGCAAGGUCUUCUGGCAAUAACGGCGGAUGCACUAAGGGAAACGGUGACGAUGUUGGCGAGACAGUCGGAGAACAAAACCUUAACCCUGUUCGAUCAAGUGUAUCGCACGAUGGCGGUGUUGAGCAGGCCCUCGAUAAAAGCGUUGUACCAGGCGAUGGCCGAUUACGUGUCACCGAGUAACACGCCGGACACCUUGCAGCAACCGCUGACCCGCGAUAUGCUUCAGGAACGGUUCAUCGAAUUCUUCACCAAACUGUUCCCCAUCGCGUAUCACAACGCGGUGAAUCCUCACCAAUACGAGCAAGAUUUCACAGAAAAAUUCAAGACCUGUUUGUACGAGACUAUGGAUGAAAUUCAACCAUUCGGAGACAUACCGAAACAGGUGGCGAAAUCGGUGAGCAAAAGUUUGGAAGCGACGCGGGUGCUCGUGCAGGCAUUGACUCUUGGCAAAACGGUCUUGGAUAAAACCGACAGCGUGCUGUUUUCCGGUACUAGUCCUCAGCAGGAAGCCUGCUACGGUGCACUACUCAGGAUGACCUAUUGUCCCAGGUGCCAGAGCAUUGGUCCCUCUGUCAGGCCCUGCAGCGGAUUCUGCACUAAUGUCAUGAGAGGUUGUCUGACAGAGCCAGCAUCCGAACUGGACCUCGCAUGGUCCGGGUACGUGGAAACGGUCGAGAGGCUCGUUGUAGCGGUCGACGGUCGUAUGGAUCCGUUGGGUCUGAAUGCCGAGAGGGCUGUCAGACAAUUGGACACCCGCAUUUCGGACGCCAUUAUGCACGCGAUGGAGAACGGACCUGCACUCGAGGAGAAGGUGAGAAAAGUGUGCGGCCGUUCGGAACUACAGCCAUCGAAUCAAGGGACCGUUACGGAUGCAGCUGCAACUGAGAAGUCGACGUCAACCGGGUUGGAGAUGCACGCAGCUGCGCCGACUACCACGCAUCGAACAUUACCGACGCAGUUGCACACGCAGCUGGGUAAUUUCUUGGCCAGUGUCGUCAGGUCUCGGACCUUCUAUGGCACUCUGGCCGACACGAUCUGCGAAGAGUAUCCGGACAAACGAUGUUGGAAUGGCGAACGCAUCGGAGAAUACACAAAGACGGUAGCGGAUUCGAGUUUGAUGGCGCAGAGGUACAAUCCUGAGUUCACCAUAACGACAAUGUCGCCGACGACAACUUCCUACGGCAACGCGAACACCAGCGUGCUCAUUGACCAAUUGAGGCACAUUAAUCAGAUCUUGCAGUCUCAGUUGGCGUCGGCACCGGAUAGUGGAAUGCUGCUCGCCGACGAAGCUCUGGAUGGUUCAGGAAGCGGUGACAGGCCAAUAUGGAGGAAGAAAGGCAGAGGAGAAGAUGCCGAUAACGAUGAUGAAGAUGAACAUGGUGGUUAUGGUCACGAAGAUGAAGAGGCAUCUGGAUCAGGAAUGGGCCCUAGUACACCAGAUCCAAUGUCGAAGACGAAUCGUGAGAAUCCAACCACGGCAGGAGCAUCAAGCAUUCUCCUGUCAUCCGUGACAAUGGCGAUCGCCUGUGCAUCGCUGAUCGCUUAAGUUGAAUGGAAGCCGGCGUGAAAGAAGGAGACGACGUUUCGACGACCUAGACAUGGAUGUAGACAAACGAUUUUGGUGCCCGCGUCGGCGAACAGGAUGAUCCUGCUCGACACGAGGGAUCGAUCUAAUUCCGGAACUUACGAAUCUGCUUUAUAGAUAUUUAUCGUGCCGCCUAAACGGAACAGCUGCGAGGAAUGUCCGGAAACAACGGAGAAUCUGUUUUAUUGUUCGUGGCUGAGAAUCGAUGUGCGUCGAUCGAUCGAACGAAGACUGUGUUUCGUAUUCGAAGUUCGAGAGCAAGGUUCUGAAAAUCGUUCGCGUUCGAAUAAUCAUUCUGGGCUCGUUGGCCGACGCGAUUGAAUAUUCGACGAGUGUCGAUACAAAGCUGAAUAGACAUUUUUCCGGAAGAUCGUUCCACGCAUGGAAAUCGUCGUAGGCUAGGAUAGGAUCUGAUUAUCUGAUGUCGAAUGGCCGGAAACAAAAGUGUAAGAAAAGAGUUGGACUCUUGGUCGAGUAUCUGCUAGCGGAAAUCACCAGCAAUGGCGUGUCCUGCCUUUAACGAUUUGCCAAGAAUCGAGCCACGAAACCGUAUGGCUGGUACGAGGAUCGAGAGAAUACUUGAACGAUUGGAAAUGGUGCACUGAACAUGGAAGAACAACGAGAAAACCGAUUCUCAUCUGUCGCGUGUCAUGUUGCUCGCAAACGACCACGGAAAGAAUUAUAUUUAACGAGGUGAAACUGUGUCGGAAAGAAUUAAGAAGCCGAGUUAGCCGAGUUGCUUGUGUGAGAAAAGAGCGUUGAGAGUACAGUCAAGCGAGACAGAAGGUCAAAAGCAACGUGCAUGUAAAAAUGGUCCCUUCCUGUUUUACAGGAACAUGAUAACAAGCACGAUGACCAUCCGGCGAAACUGACUGCACUGCGAUUUCACGAAACGAUGGAAGGUUGCUUUUCUAUGCAGCGCAUCUUCUUUUUGUCGAGAAAUUAGAAAAUUGAGGGGGAAAAGAGAGACCUAUUUGUACGAAAUUAGAGCCAGACGAAAAAAUUCCAGGAAUAAUCUUCGCAGAAUAUCGCGUUACAUCUGCGGGAAAUCAGAUUUGAUAAUAACGCAAAGCGACGGAUGGUGAAAAAGAACAAUACCGCGCUUUCGGACGAAUAGAGAGCAAAAAGUUUUGUCAUUUAUUUAUGCUAUUAAAAGUGAUUCAUAGAAGAUUGCUGUAUUUAAAAAUCUACAGAAAACUUUCUGUACAGUGAAAUAAGGCAAACACCGCGUAAACAGACAGACACGACUCAUUCUAACGAUUCUCAUGCAUUCGAAUUGUUGUGCAAAAUGCGUGAUUCGUCGUUCAAAAAGUUAUUCGUAUUUAUUCACCUAUGUAUAGAUAUACGCUACGCUUUGGAAAUGUUCUUUUUCACCGGAAGAUCGAACGAGACGAACUCGGAAAGAACGAGCAAGCUACAAUCACGAGCAAUAAUCGUCGUCGUUGAUGCUUCACUUUGCUGUGAAUACUUUCCGAACAGCGAGGAAUCGCCGUUAGGCAAAAUGUACGGCGUUUGUGUCGCACGGGGAAAAAUCAAAAGUGUCUUUCCUUUUUGAAAAUAUCAGACGACAGUUGUAGCAGCAUCAACAGCAGUAGCAGCGGUUCCAGCUUUUAAGCGAUCCGACCAAGUCACAGAGCCGAACAACGAGACUCCGACCCUUGUGCCUCGCGUUUUGCGCUGUUCUUCGUCACGCAUGAAUUGCCUCUCGUUCGCGGCGACGCUUUUUGUCGUCGACGUCGAUACACAGACUAAUCACGGGGUCAUCCCCGUCGGUGAUAUCGCGCGUGCAUGCCAUAUAUCAAAGCCAACUGCCAAAACGCCAGUUACGCGGCCGAAGCUACUUUCUCGUCAAGCGAUCCGGUGGUGGUACUUUGAAUUUCACAUGAAACGAGCGUCGCCUUCCGCUUGCAUCGUCUCGAGACGGUCGUUUCCAAGGAUAGUCACGAGAAGUUUGACGUUAAUUCUAUCUUUACGAAUGCGACGUUUCCGCGCCACCGUAAUCCCCACUUCAGCCAUUAAUCGCCAAUAACGUGCGUUCCUUCUUCGCAGAUGGAGCAUUCGUGGAGGAUCGUUUCGACUUUUUAUAACUUUUUGAGUAGGAUGCGUACGGAGUGCUUGAUACGCUGUGAUUAAUCGUACGAGAGCGUAUAAAAGAUCGUACGACCGAUUGGAUAUGGUCGAGCGAAUCAACGAUUCCUUCUUGGACGUCUAAUCGUUGGAAAGGAACUCGGAACCCGAUCGCGAAUGAUUCGAAUUGAAAUUGCCGAGUGAAAGCGUGGGCUUAUCGAGACCCUGACGAAAAUAACGAUAAAGCGUGAUACGAUAGUAUUUGAGAAAGUAAAACGUGUAGACGUUGUUAUCGAGCAUUGUGUUUUUAGUCCUUGAGGUACUAAAAUUGUUUGUAGCCACCUGUCCAGUGCCAUAAUUUUUCCUAUUAUUUCAUAGAAACGCAAAAGAUCAUCCGUAUUAUUUGACUCUGUUGUCUAAAAUUCGAUGUAUCGUUUUCCGUUGAUUCUAUUUCUACUAUAUUAUACAUUUAGAUAUCGUCAAGUGCCAAAAAGCAAGAAGAAAAAAAAGAACGCGAAGUAGAGCGCUAUAAAAAUUGUCUCGCGAUCCGAAGCGAGAGCAAGUUCCUCGACGCGAAAACGCUUUAGACGUCUAAUCGUAAGCUUCGAGGCGGACUUAGAUUUUGGCGGUUUGCUUUUCAAUUAAAAACAAAAAAAAAAGAAAAAAUGAAAAAAAAAUCGACUUAGGCUAGUGUAAGGAAGUAGGAAGAGCUAAGGAGACAAGAGCCUGUCGGUGUAACCUCGUAUGCGUCGACUCGUAUGCGGCCGCACUGAUUUUGUACAUUUGAUUUUUCGGAUCUUUGAGGGUUAGUGCCUUUUUGAAUAUCCCUAGCCGUGACGUCGUGUCAUCAUCUCACGCCCGACAGAAGGAAUGAGAAAGCCAUCGAUAUAAAUACGACUGUACAGGGCAUUCAUGCUGAAGAGAACGAUGUGUGCGCGUGCGACCUUCUUUUCCUCCUUUUGUAAUUUCUUUCUUCUCUGACAAGAAAAGAAAGGAAAGAAAGAAAGAAAGAAAGUAAUUUGAUUUAAUCUGAGGUGAUCGAAAUAUCCGCUAGUGUAACGCAAGAAACAACCAACGCUUUUGGAAUUUCGCGUUAGUUCGAACAGUCGAGAAAAAAAAUUUCCUUGUCAACUUAAAGAUAUUGACUAAUCGCCGUCUUAGAUAGGGUCCAGACUGUGUUUCAACUUAAAUCGACGCGAACUUUGUAACAAGUAGACUUUUGGACCGGAAGGCUUUUUUUCUAUUAUUAAUCGCCGCGUAGUUUACUUCUAUAAAGUUAACUAUAUGAACGAUAAAUGCGAUACGCGGAAGAAACUAGUCUAUCGACCAGCGCGGAUAAAAUUAAAUUAUUUGCUAAACGCUAAAACGAGAUCUUCACAGAUCGGGCGAAUUUUUUCACACGAACCGUUCUAUCGACACUCUUGCACGUCCUACCAGGAUAUAAAACCGCUUAUCGAUUGACGUCUCACUUUUUAUUAUUUGAUCUAUAUGAACAACCGAAUAAGGAAGAACGUCCAGUAAGGAUUAUUGUUAGUUUGACGAAUCGGCUGGCGAAUCCGACUCGUUCUAGGUAUCGAUAAUAAUUAAAUACCGAAAUAAUGAAUGAAUUAGCUUGGUAUUCGAGAAUAUCGUUUUAUAUUCAACGAGCCUUUGUUAUCUCAAAAGCCGUAGAAUCGUUUUAAAGAUACGUGAUUAUAACAAAAUUUGAUUAAAAGUAAAUCGUGAUAAUUGAAAGUAAAUUCGAUGAUGUAUCUUCCGAGCGAACGAAGAUAUUUUUACGACGCAACGCGGCCACGAAAGAUAUAGAGAAAGAGCGUUUGAGUUUGAGAAACCGAUACACGCACUCUUUUAAAGUCCAAUUAAUUAUACAGUCGACGUUCGACGCGACGACGGAGAAGCCCAAUUUAGUACGACUCGGACAUAACUGUUAGAAUUUAUAAUUGUAAUUAUUCGAUGAAUAAUUGUUAUUAUUCUGCUUGUCGGGCGAAUUUAGGCAACGAGCGAGAUAAGUGAUCCCUAAAAACUCGCCACGUUACUCGUGUACGGCUGCGUGACCCUUUUUAUUGCGGAGAUAUUAAUAUAUAUCCCUUUUGACGGCACACGCCUCCUGUAAAUUGUAUGGAGUCGUUUUAACACGACAUACGAUGACGAAGGAAGUGGCCUUACAUUCGAUUCCUUCGAUUCGUGUUGUUUCGCUUCAAUUAUCAAAGCAUCGUUGGGACACUAUGAAAUCGAUCACCUAUUUAUAAUGCUCUUUGUUAUACAUGUUUUGUGGUGCUACACUGAAUAAAAAAAAAAUUGCGAUUAAAUAAAAGUGAUAUAUUUAAAACAAA